AUGCCCACCCCCGAACACCCCACUCAGGCAGCAGCAGCAGCUGCUGCUGCUGCUGCUUCUGCAGUAGGGGAGCUCCCACAAUCCUCUGCGGCAUCAAGAGACGCGGGAGGGCCCCUCUCCGCUCCCAACUCCGACCCUCCACACAGAGGGGGGCCCCCAGGGGGCCCCCGGGGCCCCCCGCCCGUGCUCGGGCCUUCUGUGGGGACCCCCUGUGGGCUUCCCAGCGGGCCUCCUACUGGCUCUCAGGCCGGCUCCCUUGGUAGGCGCCAGGGGGCCCCGGGGGGAGGGGCUCCCCAGGUCCCCCCCAUACCUCCUGGGGCCCCUCGGGGGGGCCCCCACGCUGGUGGGGCCCCUAGGAUCACCCCCCGAGCGGGAGGAGCCCAUAGGGGGCACCCCUCUGUUGGUGGAGCCUCUGGGGGCCCCCCGUGGUCGCCUGGCGAUAACAGGGAGAGGAGACAGAAGGGUUUACGUGUGAAGCCCCCCGUUUGCUGGGGUUAUCACUGCACCGGUGCCCUCAUGGCCGCGGAUAUUGGUUGCGAUGAUAUCAACAGUGAAGGGUGGGGCAGUGGGGGCCCCUCGCGUCGCACAAGCUCGACGAGGCCCAAGAGGCGGGAGUCGCUCAAUCUAGGGGCCGCCAAAGAGGGCAUUAGUAACAAGGCGUCAAGGGAGGGGGCCCCCGAGGGGGGAAGGACCCAAGAUGUUCUGCCUUCAGGGGCCCCCGCCCAAGGGGCUGCUGGUGUAGAUGGGCCCCUGGGGCCCCUGGAUGCUGCAGCAGAAGAGGUGACAGCAGACGCAAGAAAAGAGACAGUGAAGGAGGGGGGCGCUGAAAGUGAGAAAGAUGAAUCGGGGGUGCACGGGGGAGGUUAUACACUCCGAUGUGACUCCACACGAAAGAGAAGAUCACCAACUGAUACGGCGUCAGUUGCUGCUGUCUCUUCGGGGCGCCCCACGGUGGUUCGAUACGGGCGGCAGACUGCAGCAACAGCAGCAGCAGCAGCAGCAGGAAGAAGAAGUGGCCCCCUGCCGCGUGGGUCCCUACCUCACGAGAGCAAAGAAGCAGGAGCAGCAGGUGCAGCAAGCAGCAGCAGCAAAAGCUUCGCCCAUUUGGGGUGGGGGCGGCCGUUUGAUUGGCAUGAGGUGUUUGCUGCUGCAGGGGUGGACCUCUGUGAUGACCAAUGGUCUUUGCUGCAGUGGGGACAGCGCAGCAGCAGCAGCAGCAGCAAACCGCAGUCGCUGCAGCAACUGCUGCAGCAAAGAACACGCUGCUGCUGCGAUGAACUCCAGAAGGAGAAAAGGAAACAAACACAAAUCAAAAUCCAACGCAUGCAGCAGAUGCUGCAGCAACUGCAAAACGAAGUCACGCAAGAGCAGCAGCAGCAGCAACAGCAGCAGCAGCAGCAAGAACAGCAGAAGCAGCAACAACAGCAGAAGCAGCAACAACAGCAGCAGCAGCAUACAGAAGCUGCUGCACACUCUGCUGCUGCUGCUGGAGAGGAAGUGGGGGCCCUAAGGGCCCCGCAGUCGGAUGCGGGUCCAACUGUCUCCUCAGGUGUCUCUGAGCCUGUCGUCGUUACAGGCGACAGGGGCUCUGGGGGCCUCCAAGGCGCUGGGGAUAGUCCUGGGGACCUCCGGGGGUCCCCUAGAGGAGACGAAUGUCAGGGCCAUCUGGCUUCAGUAGCUGCUGGAGCAGCGGUGAAUACGGCAUGCAAGAAGGAGGAGGCAGACGGUGCUGCUGCUUCUGCUGCUGCUUCUGCUGGUGCGGCGCCUUUGAAACGGAGGAAGUCCGCUGUUUCUGCUGCUGCUGCAGCCGCUGCUGCUGCUGCAGCCACUGCUGCUGAUGCUGCUGCUGAUGCUGCUACUCCGGGGGGGCCCCCAGGGGCGCUGCUGCCUGGGCUCAGGCGUCGGGUAGGGCCCCCAAGUUGGGUCUCAAGUAGAGCCGCCUUGCUGGAAGAUCCCUUGGGGGCCCCGUUUCCUUAUGGAGGUAGGGGCCUUCGUCGCAGCCGCCGGCGCUGCGGCAGUAACAGCAGCAGCAGCAGCUCAGAUGCCCCGGGCCCUGAUACGCAGUGUCUCCGCGUUGUGCGUGCAGCCAACCCAAGGAAACUGAGAACAUCUUCGGUUUGCUGCAGCUUAGAUAGGCCUUGGUAUGAUUGCGUUGAGCAGCAUCUCGCUAUUAUCUCCCCCCAAAGAACACACAAGAAACUGGGGGCCCCUGGAGGGGGUGGGGGGCUGGGGGCUCCUGCGGGGCCCGUACAGGCGAUCCCAAGGGGCCCCCCACUGGGCCCUACAAGAAACGCCACAGGGGCAGCAACAGCGGCAGCGCUUAUGCAUGCAGGGGAACACAAGAAUGCUCUGCCACACCAGCAGCAGCAGCAGCAGCUGCUGCUGCUGCAGCAACAGCAGCAGGAGCAUCAGCUAACGCAGAGGCUCCGACACAGCAGAAACCCCAACUCUCUGGGGGGUGACCCCCUUCCCGAUGCCCACUUGGGGGGGCCCCCCACAGGGAUCAGAAAAGAUACCAGAGCUGCAGCAGCAGAGACGGCAAGUCAGCCUUUGCUGGAAGGGGGCCCCUGCCGCCCCCGUUUGGGGGCCCCGCGGGAGGCCUCUAGUACCCUUGAGGGGGCCCCCAAGGGCGCUACGAGCAAACCAAGGGGGGCCCCCAAGGAGGUCCCUACUCGAUAUACGGGGGACGCCAAGGAAGCCCCUAGUAUAUCUAAGGGGGCCCCCAAAGGAGUCUCUAGCAACGGUAAGGGGACCCCCAAUGUGCCUUCGUUGUGGUUACGAAAGGCGCGUCAGGCUCAGCAGCAAGAUGAGCCUGUAGCUGUUGCUGAGUUUCAGCGUAUGUGGCCUAUCUUCGUUCGUCUCCCACCCCGAUCCCGAUCCCUGGGGGACGCACAGCAAGCAGCAAAUAAAGGGGCCUCCAAUGGUGGGUACCCCAAGGACUGGGGGCCCCGUGAGGCCCCUCACGGUGGAAAGAGCACAGAGGAGGGCCUGGGGGCCACUCGCGGCAGCCUGGACUUGGUGUUGCCGGUAGCCUCCGGAGCCCCUGUAGUUGAUGGUGUCGGUGGGGGUGGUGGCGUUGGUGGGGUUGGUGAUGAAGGUGGUGGUGGUGGUGGAGAAGGUAGUGCUAGUACGGUUGGUGGGGUUGGUGGCGCUAGCGGGGUUGGUGUUAAUGGGCUGAAUUGUGUUAAUUGUGUUAAGAGUGGGAUUCGUGCUGAUAAUGGGGUUGGUGUUGAUGGUGUUGAUGGUGGGGUUGGUGGUGAUGGUCGUGUGUUACUACUGGGUUUUUUUGUGGAGGCGUUUCACAUGCCGCUACCGAAGCAAACAGACUUAGAGCAAAUCAUUCGCACUGUAGCAGAAUUAGCUGCAGGCCGCGUUACAGCAGAGGGGAUACAGAAACAGCAGAAGCAACAACAGCAGCAGCAGCAGCAACAGAUGGAGCAGCAGCAGGUGAAAGGGGGGGCACCGAUACCCAGGAUCGAAGCACGGGGGACUCCACGAAGAGGGAGCUGCAUCAGGAGAGAGAAGACAAGUCAGCAAAACCGAGGAGAAAAACAAGAAGCAGCACCUUCAGCAGCAGAAGCACCAGGAGCAGCGGGUGUGCUAGAACCAGCAACGGCAGCAGCAAGAGGAAGACGAGAAGCAGAGCUGGGAAGCGCCAGUUGCAGCAGGCGGGCUCGGGGGGCGCCCGGAGACAGCACAGAGGAGACAGGAAGGAAGGCUGGGGGUGACCAUGUUUCUCCUGUUGUCAGGGGCCCCUCUCACUUGCUGUGUGGCACCACGGGUCCCCCUUCAUCAACCAUCGUCGGCACGACACAGACGGGGAGCCGCCCAGAGGUAUGUUGUAGGGUCAGGCGUGGGCAGGGGGCCCCUGGGGACGUAGGGGCCCCUUUGUCCCCUAGUGUAUGCGAAGGGGCCCCUGGAUCCAGAAAGAAGGUCUCAGGGGGCCCCCAGGACUUAUCGUUUUCAGCCGAAGCAACUGCAGCACGAGAUGCCGCUGAGGCGCAGGACGAGACAAAUGCUAAAGGGGGCCCCCAUCCUUCAUCUCAAGGGGGGCCCCCUGCAGAGGACGGAAGCGCCCAGCUUGAUAUAGGGGCCCCCAAAGAAGAACCAGAACCAUCUGCUGCUGCUGCUGCAUAUGCUGCCGGGGUCGCUGCAGUGAAUGUUGCUGCUAGUGGUGAUGGUUCUGCUGCAACCGUGCACGCUGCAGGACCCCUACCCGCUGCAGAAGCACCACCUGCUGCUGCAGAUUCUGCUGCAACAGCAGCUGCUGCAGCAGCUGCUGCUGCUCGAAAGAGAUUGCAGCGCCUGCAGCUGCGUCGGCUUUGGGCGCGAAACGGCCCUCGUGUGCGGAGACAGGGGGCCCUCAAGAGGCGGUUUGGGGCCCCGGUUGCCUGCAUGCACAACCCGUGCUGCAGCUUUGCGGCACCCCAGCACUCCCCUGUACCCAGGGGAGCCCUGGGUCCCCUAUUGCAGCCGCCGAAGGGGAAACAAGCGGAGACACCAAGUCAGGAUGCUCUGCUGCAGCAGCAGCUGCGGGAGACGCAACAAAAGCUACAGAGACUGCAAAGGAUUCUCCGGUGGCGCCGUGAGAAGCAACAAAGGCUGCUGCAGCGGCAGCAGCAACGGCAACAGCAACAGGAGGCGUUUAACUGCUUUAAGGAGACACUUAAGCUGGAGGAGAUAUUCUGUCACAACGGAUAUCAACUAAGAAGGCGAAAAGCUAAUCCACCCUCCGCUAUAAAACAAAAAUCGGAGACAGGCGAAAAAACGGAGACCCGUCACCACACAUUUCCUGGGGGAGGGGCCCUAGGGGGCCCUUCAGGGGGGCCCGCAGGGUGUUCUCCAGGGGGGCCCGCGAAGGGGCCUCCCAGGUGUAUACUGACGGUGCGUGCGCCCCCAUGGGUGGUAAAGCGGUUGCGGUUGCGGUCCAUUGAUGCGUCACCUGAAAGGAGACAGUUGGAGAUGAAGAGACAAAGGGUUGAAUGUAUCCAGCCCCAAGAGACACGAGAGGCCCGUUACAAGAGGAGAGAGCAGGCGAAGCAGGAGAAGAUGAAGAGAGAGACAGAAGAAACCAUCUCUCUCCUUGAACAACGCCAACAACAACAACAGCCAUCGGAUGAUCUUUUGCAGAAGGAACCAGCUGGUGCUGCUGCAGUUGCUGCAGAUGUUGCCGCUGAUGCUGAAGCAGCAGUGGCUGCAGCAGCAGCAGCACGGGGGGCCUCAGCAGCUGCAGAUGAGGGGGAAAAGCCCCUUGCCCAGGUUGAGCCUGCCGUUGCUGCUGCCGAUGCAACGGCUGCAACAGCAGCAGCUCUUGCAGACACAGCAGUAGCAGUAACAGCAGUUCCUGCUGACGCUGCAGCGGCAGCAGUUCCACCUGACGCAGCAGCAGAUCCUGGUGCAGCAGCAGCGGCAGGUGCUGCAGCAGCAUUAGCUCCUAUUAAAGCAGCAGAAGUAGGUGCUGCUGCUGCAGCACCUACUUCUGCUGCUCCUAAUAAAGUAGCAGAAGUAGGUGCUGCUGCACCACCAGCAGGUCCUUUUGAGGCAGGAUCAGGAGUUGCUGCAACAGCAGCAACUCCUGCUCAAGCAGCAGCAGGAGGUGCUGCAGUGGCUUCUUGUGUUGCAGCUCCUCCUGAGGAUUUGCUGCUGCCUAUGGAGAGGCCUCCAAGGGGCGCCGUUGAGGCUGGAAACGGAAGGGGAGAAACACCUACUGCUGCUGCUGCUGCUGCUGCUGCUGCUGCUGCUUCUAAGAGGCGCAGCUGCACCUCUUCAGCGGACGUGGAGACAAAUGGAGGUACAGGGGAGGUGAAGGGAGAGACAGACCAGAGGAAGUUGGUGCUGCUGCUGCAGGGCGCCAGGGAUUCCCCUGCUGCAGGGGACGCCCCCCAAAUGUGUUCAGCAGCAGCAGCAACUGCAGCAACAGCAGAGGCAGCAGCAACUGCACCAGCAGCAACGGCAUCAACUGCACCAGCAGCAACAGCAGAACUCACCAACGGUCGGGAGAAAGUAGGAGCUGUUGCCGUUGCUGCUGCUGGUGCUGCUACUGCUGCUGCUGCCGCUGCUGCAGAUGGUCCCAUCCUAAACGGAGCAACAUCUUCAGCAACUGCAGCAACUGCAGCAGCUGCAACGCCGCAGGAGACUGCCGUGAGCCUCUCCCCCUGCUUUUCUGUAGGGGGCCCUACAGAAAAGCAGGGGGAGAGGCUCACGGCAGAGGAGAAAGCAGCGCAAAUUGCUGCUGCUGCUGCUCCUGAUCCUUCGCCUGCUUCAGGUGCAGCAGCAGCAGGAGAGGAGACAGUAGAGGGACACCCGUCAGAGGCCUCCAAGCCCUCCUGUCCAGCUGAGAUCCCCAGCGUCGACUGCCCCAUUUCUUCUGCUGCUGCUACUGCUGCUACUGCUGAUGGUGCACCCCCAACCGAAGCGGCGGCUGCAGCUGCAACAGGUCCAGAAACAGCAGCAGCAGCAGCCGUUGCUGCUGCAGCCGUUAUGUCCCCUCUAGCCCUCCCAGUGAAACGGUGCAGCGCAAAUGGGGUUCCACAGCAGUUGCAUGCACCACUCCUGCAACCCACUGAAGAACAACUGCAGCAGCAGCCGCAGCACGAGCAGCAGCAGCGGCAGCCGGCAUCACAGACAGCGAGCGCCAAGGAGGGUCCCUGCACUUUGGGUGCUCGUGGGGUGUAUAGGCAGCAGCAGAUAGAACAGCCAGCGAAUCUGUCUCUCCCAUGGCAGACACAGAAGGCGGAACAAUGUUCUGGAGCUGCUGGUGCUGCUGCUGCCGCUGCUGCAGCACCUGCAGCAGCAGUAGUUCCUGGUGAGAGGUCUGGCUCUGUUGCUGCAGGAAAGAUCAAAGCACGGAAGAUGCUGGAGGCAAUGUAUGAGGGCUACAUUCCUUAUAUAAUAACAAAUUUUGCUUCUACCUGUGGGCGGGAGCCGUUGCUGCAACAUUUGGAUAUGUCUGUACCGGGUGGCGAUCGGAUCCCAUUUGUGGGGUUUAGUGAGGGGCAGAGACAGGUGUUGGGGAGCGGGAUCGGGAGUAGCUUUAUCUAUUAUUCUGUCUUCCCUGGCAGCACGUUUCCUAUGCACUGUGAGCAAGGAGGGUUAGGGGCCUUCAAUGCCAUUGUGGGAGUCGUCGAUCCCCAGAGGCCUAGCGGGGAUCGGGAGACGAUCCCAGCCACGAUCCCAACCCCCACCUCACGUCCAAGCACACAAGAUACACACACAUAUAAGAUACCCAAAGCGACACGGGAAACACAUAAGGGAUACAAGGAGACAGCAGAAACGUGCCAGCAGGCGCAUAUGAAGACACACGCGCCAUACAAGGAGACGCAGGUGACACCAGACGCUUGGAUGGACACACAGGAGACGCACAAGGAGACAGAGGAGACAUGCAAGGAUACAUACAAGGAGGCAUGCCAGGCGACACAAGAGACACGCAUCGACACGCAGGAGACACACGAGGCGUACAAGGAGACGCAAAAGACAUGCGAAGAGACACAAAAGGCAUACAACGAGACAAAGGAGACACGCAAGGAGGCACACAAGGAGACACAGGAGACGCAUUUGGAGACAGACGCGGCGUACAAGGAGACGCAGGAGAUAUCCACGGAGACAGAUGAGGCGAGGGAGGGGACACUUGAUGCAACCAAGGAGACAGUUAAUACCAAGGCGAUGAAGGCAACUCCUGAGGCAUAG